GGGCAGGCUGGUAAAGAAAGGUGCUCAGUAGCAUUCAAGCAAGUGAGGAAGAAUCUGGAUUGGUUUUUAAAUGGGGGGGGGAAUAGUAAUUAGAAACCUCCUGAUAUUUUAUUUUUUUAUUUGUUCAUUAAAGAAACAUAUACACUGCUAACAACAACGAUAACAACCCUCGAGGCAAUUCACGGAAACGCUCUGCAAAUCCCUAACGAAACCAGCAGGGGGAGAACAGCGGCGCAAUUGCAAGCAGUUCUGCAAGGUCAACAUUCGCGCUGUUUGAAAUAUAUGUUAAGCUGACAUGGCUUUGCUUGCUCCCGACCCGAGCAAGAAAAGCAAGAGAUCCAGGGGCUUGUAGGGGGAGGCAGGCAGAGAGGGGGGGGACCCAGUAGCUUUCCUUUAGAGGCGCUCCAGAGAGAAGCCUCCCCUGAUUCCGCUAGGCGCUCCGAUGGAUUCUCACCGCUUGCAGCACGCAAAGCCGGCGAGGCGGGCAAAGGGGUGUGUGGGAAGCCGCCGCCGCCGCUGGGAAUCCUUCCUUUUCCUGUCUGCAAAGGCAGGGUGGAUCCAUUGCUUGCAGCAGCCGCCUCCGCCUCCCCGCUUGGCCUAUUGGCCCGCUCGCGCAGCUGCUUCCACCUCUCCCUGGAAGGAGCCACUCGGUGGGUUGGGGGCUGUGACGCCUCGAGGCGGGAUUGGCCACGCCAAGUGUCCGAAAGAGAUCCUUGCAAGUCCCGGCCAAAGCUCCGCCCACGACGUUACUACUGACUAACAACUGUUCAUGUGAACACUCGCUGGUGCAAAAGGUUCCAUCUUGGCUUUCUUCUGGUGCCUUCCUGUUCCAUGCAAGCUGUGAGUUCUUCCCUCCAGCUGUGGCUGCUGGGUCUCCUGAGGGAAGUUUGGCACCUCUCAGGUAGUGGGGGCACCUGGAGCUGCCUGGAGUCCAGUGCUGAUAAUCCUGGGCAAGGCCAAAGCAGGCAUGCCACAUACCCCUCGCCAGCGCUUGCAGCCCCGCGCCCCAGUUUGGUCAGAGAUGGAGACGCGGAACUUCCUCGCCCUCUGGGGUGAGCUGCUGAUUCUGAGGUGGAUCGAAAACCGGCCUCCCAACAGCGACAUCUACGAGGACCUCUCGGCCCAGAUGAUCGCCAGGGGUCACGAGCGCAACGCCUCGCAGUGUCGGAACCGGGCCCGGGACCUGAAGCGCAGCUACCGGAGAGCCAAGGAUGCGCAGGUGUGCGCCGGCGCCGAGCCGGUUUCCUGCCGCUACUUCCGAGAGCUGGACCGGAUGUUUGGCGGCGAAAUGGACGGCGUGGCGAACCGGAGCCUGCCGAGCAUGGACGGGUCUGCCCGGGUGGUGGUGAAAACGGAAGACGCGGAAGACAUGGAGGCGCAGGUCUCCGAAGAGGAGGGCAAUCAGAUGACGCCGCCAAACACCCUCUCGAGCAUGGAUGCCGACACGGACACUGAAACGGAACCGAACCUCGGGGUCUCGCGAGAGCUGGUGGCCGGCGACCCGGAUGUGAUUGAAACCAAAAUAGGGGAGGAAUGCCCCAGUGACAAAUCUCUGCCUUUAUAUGGGCAACCAGUGGCUGGCCCCAGCGAAGAUGGGCACCAUUCUGUGGCUGGCAGAGGCAGACGGGACAACUCCCUGGGGCGCCCCCUGACGACAGCAGAGAGGAUGGCGUCCAUGCGGGAGAGGAAGAGGCGGUCCCACGAAGAAAUGAUGCACGAGAUCAUGACCGACUACCGUCGGACCUGGGAGACUAUGGAGGCGCUUCACGAGAGGGGCGAGAUCAGCACCGGGGAGUUCCGUGAGGCAAUGCUGAGGGAAAUGCUUCUGGACAGGGAGGCCCGGACACGGGAGGCCCAGCUAGACCGCGAAGCCAGGGCAAGGGAGGCCCAGCUGGAUAGAGAGGCGAGGGCCAGGGACAGCCACCUGGAGAGGGAGAUUAGGAUUAAGGAGCUCAACAUGAUUGAGGCGGAGCUUCGGCGCACACGGGAUAUCCUCCACCCCAUGGUGGACGCAGUGGUGUCCGUCGCGGAGGUCCUGCGUUCGACAAGCAGUAUACAACGGCAGCCUCGCCAGGCACAACAAAGUGGAGGGGGUACCUUCUUGGAAUUGGAGGGUAGCAAAUAAUUAUCCCCCCUUUCGUGAGGGGUGGGCAUUAGUAUAUAUAGUUACCGUGCUGGGCAGAAAGGAGGGGGUAGUAGUAAGGAGGGGGGAACUGUUGGAACCCUGGAAGCCAAGACCCACUUUGGGGGCAAGUACUCUUUGGUGAGAAAGCCUCAGCAGAGAUUUAACAUGUUAAAAUAUGCAGCAAAGAAAAGCCCUUUCCAAUGAAUUCCAAAAUGUCCCUUCUUAAUAGUUCUCUCCAAAGUAUCUCACUUCGCUAGCACGAAGAUCAACCAUACGUUUAGUAAGUUUUAAACGGGUUUACUUACAAAAUUCUUCAAAGGUCAGAUUCGUGUGCUUUUCCAUACAGCAAUCAAAAAAAGUUGCAAAGGCAGUAAAAUGUUGCUUGGUUACAAAAUGGCAAAAAAGUUCCUAAAUGAUUGGUAUAAAAAAACCAUUAGUUUCAGACUCCAUUCUUGUCUGAAACAAAAGUGGCUGGUUAAAAUGCAGCUGAGCUCAGGCCUCCUCACACACGGGGUGAGAGAAUGGCUCAGUCAGUAAGGUCUAAACACUAAAAACAAGUCAGUUUAUUCUAAUAAUUUAUUAUUUAUACCCCUCCCAUUUGGUUGGGUUUCCCCAGCCACUGUGGGCGGCUCCCGACAGAAUAUUUAAAAACUUCCCUAAACAGGGCUGCCUUCAGAUGUCUUCUAAAAGUCAGAUAGUUAUUGUAUUUCCUUGACAUCUGAUGAGAGGGCGUUCCACAGGGCGGGUGCCACUACCAAGAAGGCCCUCUGCCUCGUUCCCUGUAACCUCACUUCUCACAGUGAGGGAACCGCCAGAAGGUCCUCGGAGCUGGUUGAGAGAUGGGGAUGGAGACGCUCCUUUAAAGGUCAGCACCAACACUUUGAAUUGCUCUCUGAAAUGUACUGUGGGAUGUUUCCUCUAGCUUGGUAGCAACAAGCUCAGCCAGAUUUUGCCUCCCUUCCACUACUCCCAUCUGUCCACAAGUUAGAGAAAUCAUGUAAUUCGGUGUUUGUUUUGUUUUUGUUUUUUAAAAAAACCUAGAAAAAGUGUUGUUGCUCCGAAUCUUCACUUUUCCUACAGCCGAGUUAAAGGUCUGGGGCCUUACACUAUCUACGGGGAUCUCUCUUGGUUCUGUGCCAAGAGCAAAUAACUGGAAUGCAAAAUACAUUCAGGUAUCCCCAAGCUGGA